UCUCAGAUCUGCGAGCUCACUUCCUGUGAAACCGAUGAGCCUUUUGGGUUCCUGCUGUCAUUCUGUCAUUCUGCAGAGCUGACUCCUGCCCGUCCAGAUGUGACUUUGUGCUGCUGCUGUCUGCCCGUCCUCCGUGCACCAUGGCUGCAGCCCUGCCCGAGUGCUACCACGGCCCCAUGACCAAGAAGGAGUGCGAGGACCUGCUGGGGGCCAAGAAUAAGGACGGGGCGUACCUGAUCCGGGAGAGCGAGAGCAUCCAGGGAGCCCUGUGCCUCUGCAUAUACAAACAGAAGGUGGUUUAUACCUACAGGAUUCUUCAGGGACACAAUGGAAACUACACCCUGCUGACUACAGGAGGUUUGCCCGAGACGUAUUUCAAGACUUUGGGAGAUUUAAUUCGAAACUACAAGAGGAAGAACCAGGGUCUGGCCACCCACCUGCGCCAUGCUGUCAAAAAGAAGACGCCCUGGUUGAUUCAACCCCUUCCCUCACCUGUGAGACCCCCCAGAGUCCAGCCUGGAGUGUCACCUGAAGUUCCAUCCAGAGCAUCAUCAGGAGCAUCAUCAGGAGCAUCAUCCAGGGAACCACCCAGAGCAUCAUCCAGGGAACCACCCAGAGCAUCAUCAGCAGGACACGUGUUACAAAGAAAACGCCUCCCUUUACCUGAUGAAGACCAGGAUUAUGAGAAUGUUCCAUCCUCUGAGUACGUGGAGGUUCUUCCUGAUGCUCUCUGACAGAGGAACAUCCAGAGGAACCAUAACUCCUCAGGCUCAUGAAGAUGAUCGCUUGUCUCUGUCUGUUCUUCAAAUAUCUCCUCAACCCUGGCUCAUCCUUCGAGUUUUGUUUAGGCGACUUGAAGAGAAAAACUCUGAAAAUGUU